AUGGAGAAAAAGCCCUUAUCCAAAGAGCUCGCCGAGCAAAUGAGCAUUCUACGAUCUGAACAAGCCACGUCAUCUUCUGCGCCGGAAGAAGCUUCGCCAGCAGCUCCAGGAGAAAAUCCACCGGAUCUUUUCGAGCAAUUGAGCAUUCUACGAAACUUCAGCGACGAAGCCAACGUUCCAUCCACGUCAUCGUCCAUCCGAGAGGCAUUUGAUCGGUGUGAGAAGCUUGGUCACUUGCAAAAUAACAAAAAGCGCCACUACAAAUAUUGGUUCCUUGGGCGAGAGAAUCGAAUGCAUCCGGUUCACUUUGAGCAGCUCAAUGAGCUCCGGAAUCGACCUCCGUCAGAUCAUGAGGAUGACGAGGAGGAGCCGGUGGCGAAGAAAUCCAAAAAACCCGUUGAGAAGAAAUAAAAUAAAUAAUUUUCACCUUUUAUUCUGUUAAAUUUGAUUUAUUUCUUUUAUUUUUAUUUUUAUUUUCAUAUCUUUACCCAUAUUUUAGCUCAUAAUUCCCAGUGCCAUUCGAAUUUCCUUGCGUCAGUAUUUAAACUGCCGCCAUCAAUAUUUUAUCAAUAGAGCACACUUUCUGCAG